UCUUCUUUGAUCUCUCGUCUCGUCUCGACUGAGCUGAACUCCUCUCUCUCUCUCUCAAGCAGAAGACACGCACACAUCCUCAGUCCCACACGCGCCACCAUGACCGCAGUUUCGUGCCCGUCGAGGCCAAUGAGCAAACCUGCAGACGGCUUCUCUUUUGGGACGUCUCUGAAGACAUCAGGCCAAUCUCAUGGGAAACCAGGCAGCACGAAUCUAUCGUUCACUUCAAAUUAUGCAGGCAAAGUGAAAGUCUGCACUUCUAGGAAACUCACUGUUCAAGCUAGAGAUGGUGGAAGUCCUGGCAGCACGGGCAUUUUCAUUGGUGGCUUUGUUCUUGGAGGAAUUGUUAUGGGCACACUUGGUUGUGUGUAUGCACCUCAGAUCAGCAUGGCAUUAGCUGGAACUGACAGAAAGGAAUUGAUGAAGAAACUACCGAAAUUCAUUUACGAUGAAGACAAGGCUUUAGAGAAAACGAGGAAAGUUCUGGCAGAGAAGAUUGCGCAGCUGAACUCCGCUAUUGAUGGCGUCUCGGCUCAGCUCCAGCCAGAAGAUACACCAAACGGCGCAGCUGUUACUUCUGAUGAGGUGGAAGCUUCUACAUGACGGGCAUUCCUCAUUUCAUAAUGAAAACAGUGUUUCAAUUUUCAAAGGCAAUGAGUUGGAGAGCAACAAGUAGUUGGCAACUCUCCGUUGCAAUUUCUUCUUUGCUCGAAUCAUUUAGGUUUCUAGCAGUGCUUCUUCCUCCUCCCGGCCAACUACUCUUUACUCUUAUUGCAGACAUUGUUCCCCGUUUUCUAUGAUUGCAACACUUGAAACACAAGUAAAUUUUGAUUAUUUAA